AUGAGUUUUCGCAGCUCAUUUCGGCGUCUGUCCUGUGAGUCGGAGGGUAUGAUCCUCGGUGCGGCCACCCUCAGGAACCUGGAGAUCCUAAACAAUCAGACAGAUGGCGGGCUGAAGGGCAGUCUGUUGUGGGUGUUGGACCACACUCGCACUUCCUUUGGGAAGAGACUGAUGAGGAAUUGGGUGAGCCAGCCCCUCACACACCCGCAGUCUCUCUCAGAGAGGCAGGAUGCUGUGCAGGAGAUCCUGGAGUCGCCCUCCCUCACUCUAAGUUCCAUCAAAUCCCUGCUGUCACAUCUGCCCGAUUUGGAAAGAGGCAUCUGUAGCAUUUACCACAAAAAGUGUUCCACGCAGGAGUUUUACCUCAUUAGCAGUGGUCUCUCCCGCCUGGGGCUGGAACUGCAGGCCUUGCUCCCAGCUAUCCAAUCACAGAUCAGCUCUGCGCUCCUCCGAGGCCUCCUAUUGGACACUCCUGACCUGCUGGCUCCCGCCCACAGCCACCUCAAGGUGCUCAAUGAAAAGGCUGCCAAGUCGGGGAAUAAGACAGAGCUGUUCUCAGAUCUGUCCGGCUUCCCAGUGCUGCAGGAGAGGAGGGAGCAGAUCCAGACUGUCAUCAACGAGAUUCAAGACCACCGCAAAGAAGUCCGGCUGACGCUGAAGACCCCGGCACUCGACUACACGAGCGUCUCCGGACAGGAGUUUCUGAUUGAGGUGAAGAACUUGCGGUCGUCCACUGUUCCACCUGAUUGGGUUAAAAUCAGCAGCACCAAGGCAGUCGGCAGGUAUCACUCCCCUCUCCUGGUGGAGCGCUACAAGAAGCUGCUUCAGCUCCGAGAGCAGCUGCUGCUGGACUGCCAGAAGGAGUGGACCAAUUUUCUCGAUCAGUUUGGGGAGCACUAUCACACCAUGAAAAGAGCUAUUAGUCACCUAGCAACCAUGGAUUGUCUCUUCUCAUUGGCUGAGGUGGCUAAACAAGGGGACUAUUGCAGGCCUGAGGUUUGUGAAGGACAGCGGCAGAUUAUGAUCAGGGAUGGACGACAUCCUGCGAUUGACUUACUGAUGGGAGACCACAACCAGUAUGUGCCUAACCUCACCGAACUACAGGUACACGUGAAAGCCCUCACCCUGUUUGUGACCCAUUACCCUCCUCUGUGUGAGUUGGAGCGGGUGUAUCCUGAACACGUGUCUAACUUCCACAUGGCUUUCCUACUCAAUGAACCUGACAUCAACACUGACGACGGAGAGGUCCAGCCUGAGUUUGUCACUUUCCUCUACCAGCUAACUGAAGGAGCUGCAGGACGGAGCUACGGUCUCAAUGUCGCCCGAUUGGUUGACAUCCCAGUCCCUAUACUACACACUGCUGCACGCAAAGCUCGAGAGCUGGAGAACACGGUCAACGCCAGGAGGAGGACUAAAAAACUUCUCUCAGAUCUCUUGAGCAUCUCGGACAGAUCAUCCCUCAUGGCGUGGUUGCAGUCAGACUCUUCAUUGGUGCAACACCAGGAAAACACACAACCUGCAAUCAGUGAAUGAUCCUGCUCAAAGAAAAAUACAGGGGGUUCAGAAGUACAAACUUGUCUUAGAAUGAGUGGAGUCGUUUUUGUUAAUGUUUGCGUGUGCGUGUGUGUGUCACCAUCAUGUGAACUGUAGCUGUAUUCCAAAUAUCAGUUAAUACGGACUGAGAAGAUUUCACUUCCAGACUAUAUUUGAAAUCAGUGUUUGAUGAUUAAAAAAUGAAAAAAAUAUACUU